AUGGGUGUCAAACAUAACAAAACAUACGGGCUUGCUCUUUGUCGUGGUGAUGUCUCAGAAAUUGAUUGUGCUGCCUGUGUUAUUGAGGCAAGACAAGUAGCAACAUUCGCUAGGAAUCACAUAAAAAAUUUCUGUGGCCAAAUUGACAAUCAAACUGUGAUCUAUGCUUGGAACACUCAAAAUGUAAGUGAUCCCAAUUCAUUCAAUCCAAAGGUGAGAUAUUUACUUACAGAACUAGCUCAUCAAGCUUCAGAGAGCCCAAAGAUGUACAAGGCUGGAGUGUUAAAGCUCGACGAAUCAAGGAACCUCUAUGGUUUGGUUCAAUGCACAGGAGACCUUUCUGGAAAUGAUUGUACUAAGUGUCUUGAAGGUGCAACCAAGCAACAACCAGAUUGCUGUGAUGGGAAACAUGGAGGGAGGGUUAUAAUUAACUGGGAGUUGCAACAUGAGAUAUGA